AUGUCAGUAUCUGGAAAGAAAGAGUUUGAUGUGAAGCAGAUCUUGAGGCUCCGCUGGAGGUGGUUUAGUCACCCCUCGCAAGGCUCUGCCGGCACUGGAGGCUGCCAUCAGCAGGAAGGAUAUGAGCACAGAGGGACACCGGUUCAGAACAGGUUGAAGACCCACUCUCGGGAGAGAAAUGGGCUGAAGAAAAACAGCAGUCCUGUCCACCACAAUAUACUGGCACCUGUGCCUGGUCCUACCCCAGUGCACCACCGAUCUAUUCAAACCUGGCACCAACAAAAUCUUAUAGAACAACUGCGAUCAAAUGAGGAUAUUCCCAAAACAAGCACAGAGGAAAACUGUGUCAAAGAAGAUUCAAAACCCACCCAGGAGUUGCAGAUGAUCACAGAGGAAAACUCAGAUGAAUCUACAGAGAGGUUAUCAACAACUAGCAGUUCAUUACUGGGAAUGAACGCCAAUGGCUCAGAUGAAUAUUUCCAAUCUACAAACCAUGCAGAGCAAACUUUCCGCAAAAUGGAAAAUUAUCUUCAGCAGAAACAGCUGUGUGAUGUUCUCCUCAUAGCUGGAGACCAAAAGAUUCCAGCUCACAGGUUGGUUCUCAGUGCAGUGUCUGAUUAUUUUGCUGCAAUGUUUACUAAUGAUGUGCGUGAAGCAAAACAAGAAGAGAUCAAAAUGGAGGGUGUAGACCCAGAUGCGCUGAAAGCUUUGGUGCGCUAUGCCUACACAGGUAUUCUAGAGUUAAAGGAAGACACUAUAGAAAGUUUGCUAGCUGCAGCUUGUCUUCUCCAGCUAUCUCAGGUCAUUGAGGUAUGUUGUAAUUUCCUGAUGAAGCAGCUCCAUCCUUCAAACUGUCUAGGGAUUCGCUCUUUCGGAGAUGCGCAGGGCUGCACAGAGCUCCUGAAGGCGGCACAUACAUACACCAUGGAACACUUCACAGAAGUAAUAAAAAACCAGGAAUUUCUUUUACUUCCUGCUAACGAAAUUGCAAAGCUCCUGUCCAGUGAUGACAUCAAUGUUCCAGAUGAAGAAGCCAUAUUCCAGGCGUUAAUGAUGUGGGUGAAGCAUGAUUUGCAAAACAGGCAACAAGACCUGGGCAUGCUUCUUUCUUAUAUUAGACUGCCUCUGCUUCCGCCCCAGUUACUAGCCGAUCUAGAAAAUAGUCCCAUGUUUGCAGACGACCUAGAGUGUCAGAAACUUCUUAUGGAGGCUAUGAAGUACCACCUCCUACCAGAACGACGGUCCAUGAUGCAGAGUCCUCGAACUAAGCCUAGAAAGUCUACAGUAGGUGCGCUUUAUGCUGUAGGAGGUAUGGAUGCCACUAAAGGCACCACUACAAUUGAAAAAUACGACCUUAGGACUAAUAGUUGGGUACAAAUUGGCACCAUGAAUGGUAGACGAUUGCAGUUUGGAGUUGCAGUAAUUGACAACAAACUCUAUAUUGUGGGAGGCAGAGAUGGUCUGAAAACUUCUAAUAUUGUUGAAUGUUUCAACCCUAUCACCAAAGUUUGGACUAUCAUGCCACCUAUGUCAACGCACAGACAUGGCCUAGGAGUAGCAAUGCUUGAAGGACCAAUGUAUGCUGUUGGUGGCCAUGAUGGAUGGAGUUAUCUUAAUACAGUAGAAAGAUGGGAUCCUCAGGCACGUCAAUGGAAUUACGUUGCUAGUAUGUCAACACCAAGAAGCACUGUAGGGGUUGCAGCAUUAAACAGCAAACUGUAUGCUGUUGGUGGACGAGAUGGGAGCUCCUGCUUAAAAUCCAUGGAGUGUUUUGACCCGCACACAAACAAGUGGAGCAUAUGUGCUUCAAUGUCAAAGAGAAGAGGAGGUGUUGGUGUUGCAACAUACAAUGGGUUUUUAUAUGCUGUGGGAGGUCAUGAUGCACCUGCUUCCAACCACUGUUCUCGACUUUCCGACUGUGUAGAAAGAUACGAUCCUAAAACAGAUGCUUGGACAACAGUGGCACCCUUAAGUGUACCUCGCGAUGCUGUUGGAAUUUGCCCUCUGGGGGACAGAUUAUAUGCUGUCGGAGGCUAUGAUGGCCAUACAUACCUGGAUACCGUGGAGUCCUAUGAUGCUCAAAAUAAUGAAUGGACAGAGGAAGUUCCUGUCAAUAUUGGAAGGGCUGGUGCAUGUGUUGUUGUUGUAAAGUUGCCAUGA